AUGGAGCUAUUCCCAGCACAACCAGAUUUAUCAUUGGAAAUCAGUCUUCCAAACAACAUACAAACAUCAUCAAGAUGGAGAAGAAAUUCAGAUGAUAAAGAUGAAGAAGAAAUGGAUUUAAGAUUUUGGAAAAAAUCAAACACCUUUGAUCUUUCUCUCACAAAUCCAUUAUCUUCUUUUUCUUCUUCUACUGCUUCAAAUUCAAACCUCAACAAUCUCAUAACUCACUCUUUUCAACCGUUUCAUCAAAACCAAAACAAUUACCAAAGAAGCCUAAGUGAAGAACUAGGGUUUCUAAAACCUAUAAGAGGAAUUCCACUUUAUCAAAAUCCUCCUCCUCCUCCUUCUUCUUCUGUUGCAUUGUUUUCUCAACCAUCCUUUGAUCCUGCUGCUAAUUCUUCAAUUUCCACAACUUUUCAUUCUCAAAAUUUCAUGAGAUCAAAGUUAUUACCGCGGUUUCCUUCAAAACGUAGCAUGAGAGCUCCAAGGAUGCGUUGGACUUCCACUCUUCACAAUCGCUUUGUUCAUGCUGUUGAGCUUUUAGGUGGCCAUGAAAGAGCUACACCAAAAUCAGUUCUUGAACUUAUGGAUGUCAAGGAUCUAACCCUAUCACAUGUUAAAUCUCAUUUGCAGAUGUACAGGACUGUUAAAAUUACUGAUAGAGCAGCAUCACCAGGGAAAUUUGAUAUAUAUGACAAUGGUUCAUCAGGAGAUAAUUCUGAAGACUUCAUGUUUGACAUAAACUCUUCAACAAGGUCUAAUGAUCUACAGGUUAAGUUGCCUAGAGAAAUUACUACUAAUCAAGAUAAAGAAAAUCAUGGCUUUUGGAGCAUUUCUUCAAGUAACAGGGAAGCUUGGUUGCAUGGUAAGCCAGUAGAAUCUGUUGGAAACUUGCCUUCUCUUGAGGGAAUGGAUCCAAAGUGUCUAAGCAAUGAAAGAAAUUCAUCAGAUGGAAGCACUUCCUCAAACAUUUCAGAAACAAGUCUUCAGAAUCCAAAUUUGGAAUUCACAUUGGGCAGGUCAUUUUGA